AAACUGUGGAGCAGAUCAGAGACGCGCACUUGCGCAGUUUGGAUCCGAGUCUUUCUGCAGGCAUUUGCGCUCUUUUUUCUAUUUACAACUCUCUGUAAGCAGUAAGAAUGAAGGAAAGGAGAAACACACAGCCACUGGUGAUUAGAUGUAAACUGGUUCUGGUUGGUGACGUGCAAUGCGGGAAAACAGCUAUGCUGCAGGUCCUGGCAAAGGAUUGCUAUCCAGAGACGUAUGUGCCCACCGUGUUUGAGAACUACACAGCAUGCCUGGAGCUGGAGGACCAGCGUGUGGAAUUGAGUUUGUGGGACACGUCAGGUUCCCCUUACUAUGACAAUGUGAGGCCACUUUGUUACAGCGACUCUGAUGCCGUGCUCCUGUGCUUCGACAUCAGCCGUCCAGACACUGUCGACAGUGGACUCAAGAAGUGGAAAACAGAGAUCAUGGACUUCUGCCCCAACACCCGCAUUCUGCUUGUCGGCUGCAAAACGGACCUGCGCACAGAUGUGUGUACACUGAUGGAACUCUCUAAUCAGAAACAAACGCCCAUUACUCAAGAGCAGGGUUCAGCCAUGGCCAAGCAGCUGGGGGCCGAGGCGUACCUGGAGUGCUCAGCCUUCACAUCAGAGAAGAGCAUCCACAGCGUUUUCCGCACCGCGGCUCUGGCCUGCGUCAACAAGCUUCAGCCGCUGGCCAAGUCUAGCCCCAACCGCCGCCUUUCCAAACGCCUCCUCCACCUGCCCAGCCGCUCUGAGUUGCUCUCUUCCACCUUCAAGAAGGAGAAGGCCAAGAGCUGCUCAAUCAUGUGAGCAGCGGGGUUACUCUCCUCACCCCGCAAGCUUCUCCCUCUCCCGUGCUUUAGUCCGGGGAAGGGGGGUGGGUUUUCCGAUGUCCUCAUCGCCGAAGGCUUCGUCUGGGAAUCCUUCCUCACCCCCCAACAAAAUGCAUUUCAGAACAAGUGGACACUUUGCUGUCCGCUUUGUCCUGAUCUCUACACCAGUGCAUACCUGUCUUACACAGUACAGUAUCUUGCUUUUCUCGAUCGAGGUUUGAUCAUCAACCGUCAUCUCUUCAUCCUUUGCUGUGUUAAGAGAAUUUGUGGUCCGACUUAGUAAAUAAGGAACCAGUGUUCAGCAUAUGAGGUUCAGUAACAUGACAUAAAUGUGACAAUAAUGUAAUAUUGGCUCUCGAGUGUCAACUAUAUCUGAUAUUUAAAAAAAAAAAAAAAUUCAAACAUAUAGAGUAUGUAAAAAAAAAAGAGGGUACCGUGAGAGUAAGGCUCCAAUUGGUGGAGCAUAAGGAAGCUGUGUAAGGCCCAGGUUGUUAUAGAGGUGUUAGAGAAAGAAGUUGUUGGCCAUGAAGGCUUAUCUGGCAUUAUAAUGCUGAUUGAAUUGGCUGCUGUGCAGACUGGAUACUGUAAUUCUGUUGGAAUCUGCCUGUAAUGUUGGGCUUUCUUGAAUAGCCAAACAUUAAGAUGGUCGAACGUUGUAACUGAUGAAGUAAUGACAGAGGGUGAAAGCUAAAACAAAUUUGCGGCCAGUGAUUUUCAAAAGGCAACCAAAGACAAGCUUACUAUCCCCUCUGAUUAAAUACCACCUGAUGUAAGUGCUUCUGCAUUUAAAGAGACAAUAAAUAAUUGCCCAAGUGAACAAGAGAGAAAGAGGGAGGUGUAACUGCUGGCCCACUGGUACAUGAGUCUCCUACGUAGUGAUGAUAGAGAGCCAUGUAUCUGUGAGCCUCGGGGGAAUUCCAAAUCAUCCAACAUAAAGCUGAAUUGGACUUCAGAAACAAUUUAUUUUCUCGAGGAUGAUUUUUCAGAAAGCUGUUGUAGCACCAUGUUGAUAUUUGCUCAAUCAACAAGGAUUUAAAAUAAAUCUAAAUGUAUGCAGACAAAAUUGUCUUUUGAUCAACUUUUAUUAAAUCUACACCAGACUGAAAUCGAACCAUCUUCACAUGUCAUUUAUAAUGGGUUUUAUACACAUUUCCUAAGAAUCUUGAUGUAGCACUCCAUCUUCUCUCUCCUGUGUACAGGUUUUUCUCGCCUUGUUGCCCGAUCUGAUAUACAGAAGUCUCGAGACAGGCUUUUGCGGGCAGUUCGGUACAUAUCUAAAUAUGGCUCCUUCUAACUAAAUCUUAAGCUUGGACAGUUUUUGUGUGCAGUGCUGCUCUUGAAAAAUCUGCUUUUAACCACAAAGCAAUAAUGAUUGACGUGCUUGUGACGCAAAGUAUAUAGAGUGGCAAUAAGAAAAAAAAAUUUGCUUUGUGAUUAUAACGUCAUGCGACAGCUUUGUGGUCGUGCGUGGCCGUGCCUCCAUUACCGCUGUAAAAACAAGCCAGUCUUAUCGUAAUUCUGUUGUAGCGAGGGUUUUUUUGUGGCGUAAACCUGUGUCACAAAGUAAUGUUGGAUUUAAGAACAACCCAACCAUUCAAGUGCAACACUUUAAUGUAACAUUUCUGGUCAGGAAGGCUUAUGGGCUUGGGAUAGGUGACAGCUUUCCGCAUGUUGACAGGCAGAUGAGAGGAGCAUGCAGGGUCCUUCAUGGGUCUCUGAAUUUAGACAGUUUUAACGUGUGGAACAAUUGGUAACACUAUCUUGGAAGCCCAUUUUCAUAAAUCUGUGCUUCUAAUUCUUUGUAAUGAUUCCUUGUAAGCAUUUUUGUGAAGUGUAAUAAUGCCUAAUAAAGCAUAAUGUACCAUGCAAGUGUCACUAUUAUAAUAAAAAAAUGGGCCGUGCAAGUGUCAAUACUGUAAUUAAAAAAUAAAUUAAAUAAUUAAUAAAUAAAUAAAUAAUAAAAUAAAUAAAUAAAAACGUAGUGUAUACACAACAUUUAGAGCUAAUAAUGUAAUAUGGAAACACUUCGAUUAAUCCCAGAAAUGAGAAGGACACACACACAUACAUAGCACCUAGCUACAUAAAAACGUGCUAUACUUACAGUUGUACAGAAGUGCUUUUCCGAAGUAAAAACAAAACUUGCUCUUUUCCACCGCAACCCUGCUUCAUCCAAGAUCACUAACGUAGCUAGCUAAUGCACUUCAUUAGAGCACAUCAAUGCACAUCAAAGAGCAAGCGUAACAUAUGUAAGAGCAUAUACUCGGUCUGAAAAAAAUGGUAUUGAGGCAUCCCUAUUUAGUGCAGGUGCUGCAUAUGUAUGUCCUUGUCUUUUUUGGUAAUUCGUCUAGAAUUAAAGGUAAAAUAGUCAAAUUUUUACGUUUCUUACUUGUACAAAUAACCUGGAAGCUAUGUAAAACAUGAUAAAAUAAAAAGCUUUAAGCCGUGGCCUCAGCAUAAGUGUAUUAAGUGGUUGAGAAAAUCCAUUUGGAAAACCAGAUUCCGGUCCAGAAUGCUUGUUUGUGUUUGGAUGUGCCUCCUGUCAGUCAUUUUUAGACACUCUACUCUAUAGGCCCUUGUAGAUCCUGAGGGCGGAGCUUCGUGAACAUGGGCGGGAAUCACUCAAAUGUUGAACCCACCUAAGUGUUUCCAUAUUACAUUACAAAAAUAAAGUUAACAGUGACUUAAAACUCAUUACAAAAAAAAUGUGAAGGAAUUGUUCUGGCACAUUAGAGCUUUAUGAGGCACUGAGGUGUAUAAAAUGCUUUCAAGGAAUGAUCACCAACUUACAAAAUAAUGAUAAGCACAGUUAUAAUGCCUUGCGUAUGGGCUUCAUGGAAAGUAUUGACUACAGAUGAGGCUUAAGGGGCUGAAAUGGAAAAAAGGUGGGGGAUUUUUGGAUAAACCCAAACAGGCUGGUCCUGUUUAACAAAAGAUUGUUGGAUUUGAACCAUUGUGAAAUUCUUUUAUGUCCCUUUUUGGUUACCCAACUUCUGUAAUUCCUGCAUGGUCCAUUCCCAGUCAUGUGUGGUUUCAGGAGGUGAUUGUGCGAGCUAUUAUUCUUUGGUCACACACUGAAUUACUCUGCAUUGCCUAGCAACAGUUCAAGUAAAGAAAGCGCAGAUGCCUCUUUGAGAGACUUCACAUGACUCGCUUGGACCUAUAGCCACACAUACACAAUUUUAUUGAUUUCCUGAUGGGACAUUGAUAAGAUUUUUUCAUGAUAAAGUCUCUUUUUCAGCUUUGGGUUGUUAAGAGAUGCCCUCAUUCAAACCGUAUUGUUUCCUGAUGUUCCACCAUGACGCUGCCGUUGUGUACUAGUGGGCACAAUUAUACUUAAAGCAUGUCUUCUAACAAUGACCAGAUGUACAUAUCUUCUUUUAUAAUCUUUGUAAGACAUCGAAAACAGUGCCAUGAUCUAAAUAUUUGUUCUUGUUGUUGGUUGACAAAGAUGUGUUGUGAUUGAUGUAAAAUAACUCAGUCCUAUUUAUUUGAAUACAAUGCUGAUAUUUUUUGUGUUUUACAUGUAACUUUUUUUUUUCCAGAGAGUUAUUUUUGACAUCAGUUCCUCUUCAUUGAUUACUUGUCUUUCCAGUAAUAAAGCUUGCCUUGGAUGGCAUUCAUGAAA